AUGCUCCUAAUAUUUUUCUUACAUGUAGCAUUCGGAACUUUAACUUUAAAUGAAGAACUAGAAAUCGAGCUUUCCGCAAGCCAAGUAUCAGGCAAAGAUUUUGAAAGUUCAAUGACUGUAAAUGGCGUCGAAUACCAAACAAUAUGUGAUUGCACAGACCCUGAACUAGCCACGGAACAAACAGUAAAAUGCGCACCCACAAAUAUCGUGAUUACACAAGAACGUGAAGGUGAAGGGGCGACUUUGGACGAUCUUGAAGAAAAAUUCAGCUCAGAAACCUAUGAAUGGGUAAAUGUCCUUGACAGCUCUUUUCGAUGUCUUGACGGAAGAAUCACUGAAGGCUCUUUAGGCGCUCCUGGUGGGGAUUUUGGAGAAUUUGCUUUGGCUUUAUUAGUAUAUGAAGAUAUGUCUGGGAAAAGGGUGGACGAAGACUCUAUAAGGGUUUAUUUUUUGGAAUAUUUGGAUUGGAUGGACCAAGAGUACUUUUAUUGGUGCACAGAUGAUGACGCUGUAGGAAGCGUAGAAAAACAGAUAGGCGUUGAAGGAAUUGAUAUCACAAAUCCUAGGGAAGGGCUACAAAGCAGUUUAUUGACCUAUUUAAAUCAGCCGAAUGGGGUUGGUGAUUUACAUAUAAAAAAUUUGAUUGAAAGCCCAGAACUGUAUUCAGCUAGGAUUGAGGCAAUUGAGCACUUUAUUACAGUUUUCUAUAAGGUGUUGUGGGAUAAAGAUGAUUAUCAUAAUGAAAAAAUUUAUUUAUACUGUAAAAAUAUAUAUAAAGCUUGCUGAAAAUUGCUUAAAGACUAUCCUGAUACUCAAAAAGAGAUAUAUAAAUUAUUUAAAUAUGGAGAAAGCCUAACAGAUAGUUAUAGAAGUUUUCCCAGGAAGCCAUAAUGAAACUGCAUUUGUAGAAAUCCGAGCAUAUGAAGACUGUAUAGUCCAACAAGUCGCACCUUUAGUUAUCCCACGAAAUGGAGAUGCAGAUAAUUUAAGCAUUUUCGUAAACCAUGCAUUUGGAACUAGCACUAAAAGACAACAGAUAAGCAAAUUUUUUGUGGAUAAAGUCGCGAGAAACCAAGAUGGGAUCACAGUUGAUAAAUUUUUGUCUAGGAUGAAUCACCAUGGACUGUUAUUUUUAGACGUGACUGGAGAAUUAAUCGCUGAAAAGCUCCCAUUUUAUACAGUGGCUUUUGAAAAUUAA